UCUGCGAGAGUGACGUAUGAACAGCCGAAACGAAAACGAAAGAAAAGCCUCUUGUGCCGUUGUUAUCUUCUAUCAUAUCUGAAGAAUGGAGACAAACGGCCAAGCGAAUGGGCUUAAAUCUAAAAAGAAAGAAAACGGCGACGGCAAGGACAAUUUGUGGUCCGCUAUUUUAGAGGAAGUUCAGAAUCAGGGGAACACGAAAUUGCCGUCGAACAAGAAUGUGCUGGUAUUGGGUGAUAAUGAGACUGGCAAAACCACAUUAGUAGCUAAAUUACAAGGUGUGGAAGACCCUAAGAAGGGGUCAGCACUCGAAUAUGCAUAUAUAGAUGUUAGAGAUGAGUACCGUGAUGACCACACAAGACUAAGCGUCUGGGUCCUAGACGGGGAUCCAGGGCACACAAAUCUGCUCAAGUUUGCACUGAGUGAAGAGACAUUCCCACACACGCUGGUCGUCCUCACAGUGGCCAUGACCACACCCUGGGGCAUCCUGGACCAGCUGCAGAGCUGGGCCUCUGUGCUCGGCGACCAUAUAGACAAAUUGGAUCUCACACCUGAACAAAGGUUACAAAGUAAAAAGCAGCAAGUGCAGAAGUGGCAGAGGUACACGGAGCCGGGCGACGAGCUGGAGCCCAACGCCUCGUCGCCCAUGAAGCGCUCGUCGCGCAACCUGUCCGACGAGCUCGACGACGACGACGACGACAACCCUCUACCGGAAGCCGUACUUACCACCAACCUGGGCCUCGAUAUUGUCGUCGUUGCCACUAAGACUGACUACAUGACCACAUUAGAAAAGGAGCACGAUUACCGCGACGAGCACUUUGACUUUAUGCAGCAGUGGAUCCGGCGGUUUUGCUUGCAAUACGGCGCGGCUCUGUUCUACACGAGCGCUAAAGAGGAUAAGAACUGUGAUCUGCUGUAUAAGUACCUUACGCAUCGAAUAUACGGCCUGCCCUUCCGAACGCCUGCGCUCAUAGUUGAAAAGGACGCUGUUCUGAUACCCGCAGGCUGGGAUAGUAUGAAGAAAAUUAGUAUAUUGUAUGAAAACAUGCAGACCUGUAAGCCGGAUGACUACUACAGAGAUGUUAUCGUACAACCCGCUACGCGGAAGAGCGGUGGUCACAGAGAAGCGGAAGUGUCAGCGGAGGACGAACAAGCGUUUUUACAGCGACAACUGGCCGCGUUGCAGGCUGGUACGCCCGCGCCUAGAGCAGAUUCCCCCUUGAGGACCACCCAGAGAACUACAGCACAGCUGGAUGGGGCAAAGAUCGGCAUGGGCCCCGGCACACCAGGCAACGAGGGUGUCCUGGCGAACUUCUUCAACUCUCUACUAUACAAGAACAAGCCCGGCUCGCCCGGCACGAGGGCGCCCGACGCUUCGCCUGCUGCGGCGGCCGCGCGGUCUGACGCCGCGGCCGAGCUCGACCGACUCACGCGGGCCAAGCGCGCGCCGCCGCCCAUUGACCUUAACACGUCCGAGUGCUAGCGCGACGCGGCUCAGUCGAGGUAUAUUAGUUUAGCGGGCGCGCAAGAUAUCGCCCGGCAUGUGGAAGCAUAGUGGACAACGUCUGCGCGCUUCCACGUAAUAUGAUACAUUGCUGGCUUGUACUUUGUGUUGUCACGCCAUAUCCACGGCCACGCGGCAACGGAAACCGUAUUAUUUAUUCCGAACGCUUGUAUUAUUGCGACAUCCUUCGAGAUUCUACCUUUUUAUAGUGGUUUAAAAAUACAUUGAUCAAUUUUAUUAGCCAAUCGCAAAUGGAAAUUAAAAUGCGUAGACCAAGAUUGGUAGUAAAGUCAUUUGUUAGCGGAUCGCGAUUAUCAAGAAAUGUACAUCGAUCAAGAUUGUUCCAGCGCUGUAUCUUAUAAGCGAAUGCAAUUGGUGUAACAACAAUCACGAUUGUUCGAACGAUGUAUAUACUGUUUGUUUAUCGAUCGCGAUAAGUAAAAAUCAAUCAAAAAUUUUCGAACGCUGUAUAUUUAUUUCUAAAUCAACUACGAUUGGUCAAGCGAUGUGAUUGGUUGGUUAUAUGUCAACAACGCUUUUGACGACAUAAUAUACCGUUAGUUCAUUUUAAUAUUCUGAAGGCUAUUACUGUCGCAAAAUGAGAUUGGUAAAAAUGUUGUCGCGAAAUGAGAUUGGUAGAAUAAUUUCUACGUCGAUCAAGAUUGGUCGAGCGCUGUAGAUGAUUGGUCGGUUACAGGUUUGGGCAACAACGCCAUCUGUUGAUGAAAUAUCGUUAGUUUUAUAGAUAUUCCACUCUUGAUAUUACGAAAUUGAUGCGAACAAUGCGAUAAUCGCAAUCCUUCUCAACCCUGUUUGUAAGAAAAAAUAUGUGACACCAAAAUUACUUAAAUCGCUAAGUUUGUAUGGACAUGUCAUAUCGUUCACGCCGCUGACGUGACGUCACAAUUAACAACCUGUUUGUAUUUCUUCGUAUUUCGAAAAACUUCAAACAAAAAAAGGUCACUUUGAUCUUCAUUAUAUUCUCAUUAAUUUUAAAAAUUAUUAAAAAAAAAAAAAAUGAAAGUUUUCUAUUUUUCCUAGAUUGUUGGACAUCUAAAUUCUAAUUAAUUAAUGACCAGACCCAUGUUCAGAAGCCAAUAACAACAUUGCGAUAAUCGCCAUCACAGGUUUCGUAAUACAGGACAAGAUAAGCAUUGGUGCUUAUUCGGUUGUACAAAUUUAAACCGAGGUCUAAAAGGUAGUGUUGUCCUUUUCACAUUGUUCUCUAAGGACAAGGAUAGCACUACUUUUUAGACCCGUCAAUUUAAAGAUUUGUGUGCAAUCGAAUUAGCAGAGCUAACGGCAGUGUGAUGUACUUUAUAUAAAGGUUAAUGUAUUGUAAUAUUAAGGAGAAAAGAAGAGACAUUUUUUACAUAACUUAUUAAAACUAAUUAAUGUUA